AUGUUAUACUUGUCUAUGAAGUAUCUCGAAUUAGAGCGAUUGAUGUGGAAUUUGUCCACUUUGGGAGGUGCCUGUUCUGCUAUGGCUGAUUAUGACAUGACAUUUGCUAAGCGAGCAGAUAUGAUCUCGCAAAAACAAAUGAAGAUUGCUGCAGAACUAGAAGAUCGCACUUUACUCGCCCGAUGCCACCUCUACAUAGCACUUAGUGCAGCUCAACAAGCAGAUUUUUCUUCAGCAAAGCGAAUAGUCAGGGUCAUAUAUCUGUGGUCACUUCACACUCAAAAUGAAUUCAUUCAAGCCUGCUGCCGUGGUGUACGAGCAAAAAUCAAGUGCAUAGAAUUAUUUGGGACGAAAGCCCUCCGAAAUGAAAGCAGGCAUGUUGUCGAAAUAGAGAACUAA